UGUAAUGCUAAGCUAAUCCAACGGCGCGCUUGUGUGUGUCGUAUGACGUUAUUUGACACCUUAUCCCCAGUAAUAUAGUCCUGGCCCGCGAAGAAGACGUCGUUACCAUUUUCUCGUACUUGUCUGGGAUGUAUGGAUGGAUAGUUGACGGAAUAUCAUCGCUGUUUGAGCCCAUUUCAGGGCAGAAACACGCAGAGUGGCCCGAGGAGGGGAACAGUAGCGCCGAGGUUUCCACGCGUACUGGCGUCAAAGGAGCCAACCUACAAAGUCAGAGCAGAGCGGCUAAACGGAACUAUCAGAGUGUUGAUGUUGCAGACGGUGUUAGUGACCCUGUAGAGGUAAAAAGACGCAGACGAGAUGUAGUCGUCAGUUUUGUCAAAAAGACUGUUUCCGGGAUAGCGGGUCUGCUCAGGUUACACAAACCUCUGACCCACACAUUGGAAAAUCCCCAGCACUAUGAAGAGCCAGUCACUCUCGUGGGAAUAGAUGAACUCCAUAGCUCGUGGCUGAUCAGUGCUGAGUGGAGAAUGGAUAAACCACUAGGUGGGCUGAAUGAGAGAGGGGUCAAAAAUCCCUUUCUGAGAUCAUCGCCUCCUUUAAUGAGGAAAUACAGUGGAACAUCGCUCCCUGCUGGUCUCCCUGACAGGGGGAAGGACAGGGAGCGGAGAGGCUCCCUUCAGCUCCUGUCUUCACGCUCCACUCAGAAGACAGGAGCUGCUAAUCCUGAAUCAACCUGCAAUGGCUUCGUGCACAGCCGCAGCUACAAACCCAGUCUUACUGUGGAAGAGACCAUAAAGCAGAACAACAAGGAACACUACAGACGCCUCCUGGAGAUGGUGUCAGAAAAAUACAGCAAGAGUCAACCGCUGCCGUUCAGCCAAACAAAACCACAAGAUGACUCACUGUCCCAGACUGAUCACAAAGCCGCUGCUGUUGGGAAAACCUUUGAGGCAGUGCCCAGGAAAAUGGUCUACACUGCUGCCCCCAGCAUGUUUACAUGGAGAAAUGCAUCUGCAACCAAGGACAGGUGUGGUGGGAUGACUUUCAGCAAAUCACUGAAUGGUAGUUUUGAGAGCACACAGCUUGUUAGAAACGCAAAGAAGGAGGCAACAGAAUUGGACCUCUCCACAGAAGUAGCAACUCGACUCCAUCUAGUGGACAAAGACACUACUGCUGUCCGUUUGCCUGACGCACAUCCUUCUCACUCAGCAUUUACCAGGCACAGUGAUGAAGACAUACCAAAGCUGACUAAAGAAAUGGCUGCGGAGGUGUCUGCUGCUUUGUCACAGAGUGACCCCAACCUUGUUCUUAGUGCUGCUUUCAAACUUCGCAUCACACAGAGAGACCUGGCCACUCUGCAGGAGGGUGGCUGGCUCAACGACGAGGUGAUAAACUUCUACCUGUCCCUUAUCAUGGAGCAGUGCUCGAAAGAAUCAGGAGCGUUUAAAGUUUACUCGUUCAGUACAUUCUUCUUCCCCAAACUGCGGGGCGGAGGAGGAGGACAAACUGGGGGACACGCUGCUGUGAAACGUUGGACCAAAACUGUCGACCUCUUUCUCUACGAUCUCAUCCUCGUCCCUCUGCACCUCGGUGUCCACUGGGCCAUGGCUGUUAUUGAUGUGAAAUCAAAGACGGUCAAGUCGUAUGACUCGAUGGGCCAGAGACACGAUGACAUCUGUGGUCUGCUACUACUCUAUUUAAAAGAGGAACAUAAAACAAAGAAGGGCCGGGAUCUGGACAGUGGCAAAUGGACCAUUGGAAGUUUGAGGGCCACUGAGAUUCCCCAGCAGAAAAAUGGCAGCGACUGUGGUGUAUUUUCUUGUAAAUACGCUCAAUACAUAGCUAAAGGACGGCCUUUCACCUUUAAACAGUGCCACAUGCCUCUCUUCAGGAAGUUAAUGAUUUGGGAAAUUCUCAAUCAGAAGCUGCUGUAGAAGAUUAACAGUAUCCUGUACUUCAUUUGCCCAACAACAGAGACUUUCCUGAUGGGCUCGAUCUGUGUACAGCUAAAGAAAAAUCUAAAGGAAGAAAUGGGCCAAAGAAAUGGACAGAACUCUAAUUCCUGCUCAUCUGUUCUGGCCUGAAAGAAUUAAAGAUUAGUCUUAAGAGUUGUCCCUUUUUUCCUUUUAGGGAAAUGAUAAUAUAAUGUAAUCUCUGAGUUGUAAUUGGAGAAAUUAUUAAAUUAACAGGUUGUUAGAAUUGUAUAUUUUAUACUAGCUUUGACACUACUGACUGAAUGGAUUUAAGUGAUUUAAUUUGGAGGGUUUUGUUCCUUUUUUUUCUUUUUUUCUUUUUUUUUGGAAGUUCUGCCUAAAGUGCCUUCGGUGCAGUAGAGAAAACUUCGGUUGUUGGUACAUUUCUGUGAAUUGUGGACAAUUCCAAGUGGGUUUUGUUGGACAUGGACGUAACAUUUACGACUUGGAUAGUUCCAAGCGGUCAUGUGGAGGUUUUGUUAUAUUUCAUUUCUUCUCUGUUGUAUGGUAAAGAGUAAACACAAUCUCUGAGGAAAGACUGAAAUACUUCCUGUUCAUACAAAUGCAUGGAUGAGUGCCUGAGAUUUGUAAGAUUUGCUAUUAUUUAUGGAAAUGACUGUGAAUGUUUAUGAAGAUUAUUUGUUUUCCCUUCAUCAGAUUAGGAGUUAACUGCAGAUAUGUUGAAGUCGCUGUCAUGUUUGUGAAUUUCAAUGAUCAUAAUGUAAAAAGCUACUUAGGGCUUUUACACCAGUUAAGUACAUGCUAUACUACAUAAAAAAGUCACUGUACACACAUGCAUGCUAGAGGUCAAACGUGAUACUUUCUUUUGAACUUCUGUAAUAAAGUAUUUUUUUAAAUGUAGUGUGCUGCUGAAGUAAUAAAUUGACACUUUAAUUUCA